AUGGGCUGUUGCAUGAAAGGGAAGGCUCAUGUAGCAGCGAGUUCCAUAAAUGCAAGUCAGAGACAGACUAGGAAAUUCGAUACUCAGCGUUCUCGAGUGGAUGAAAUGAAAUUUGAGGUGUUUGAGAAAACUAUGUAUGGAAACGAGGAUAAUUAUUAUGAUGCAGAUGAAUUAACUUGCAUUGAUCGCAAUUAACUAUUAAGUCUUAUUAAAAGUGAGCCAAAAAAGAUUCGUUGGACUCCUGGCCAAGUAAUUGGGUAAGGCUCAUUUGGAAGAGUAAUAGAGGCUAUGAAUUUAGAUACUGGACAAUUGAUGGCCGUUAAAUAAGUGAUGGUAGAUAUUCGCAAUGAGGAUCGCAUAAUGGCACUUGAGAUCGAAAUUGAUUUACUUUCUUUGAUCAAGCACAAGAACAUAGUUUCUUAUUAUGGAAUGGAACGAACAGAAAAGACCUUGAAUAUCUUUCUGGAGCGAGUCGCAGGAGGAUCCCUGAGUUCAAUGCUCCAGAAAUUCGGUUCAUUUUAGGAAUCUUUAAUUAAAGUUUAUAUGCGUCAAAUUUUGUAAGGGCUGGAAUAUUUGCAUCAAAAUGGCAUUAUGCACAGGGAUAUUAAGGGUGCAAAUGUGCUAGUUGACAAUCAAGGAGUUUGCAAAUUGGCUGACUUUGGGAGCAGUAAGAAGAUUGCAUUAAAUAGCGAUAGCACUAUAUUUGGAACUCCUAAUUUUAUGGCUCCUGAAGUUGUACAAUAAUAAAAAUCUGGGAGGAAGGCAGAUAUUUGGAGUCUGGGAUGCACCAUGAUUGAAUUGGCAACAGGUAAGCCCCCAUGGCAUGAGUUAACAAAUUAAUUUGCGGUUAUGAUCAGGAUAGGAAAAGGUGAGAUACCUCAAAUUCCAGAAGGGUUUUCGGAAGAAGCCAAAAGCUUUGUUUCGCAUUGUUUAGAGUAUUUAAGGGUGAAAAUAUUUUAUUAGGGUUGAUGAGAGGAAGCGUUGGAAUGCUACUAAAUUAUUAAAGCAUCCGUUUCUGAUCCCAUAGAAUAAGCUCGAAAUUCCUUAGGGAAAAACUUCAUUACGGAAUACGCCUGGGAGUAAAUCGAAACAACAAUAGCGGUCAUUCAAAUAUCCAGAAUAAGAAACCUCUCGUUCUCCUGGCUAAGUGAAAGAGUUUGAAUAACAACACUCAGACAAUCUGUAGCCCAUGAAUGACAGUUCUUUUGUUCUCAAAUAGAAAAGGUAGUAGGAAUGA